CAGACCGGAAGUGACGCGGGGAGCUGAGAGACAGAGCAGACAGUGAGCGGAUCGGAGAGAGAGGCGGCCGGAGGUCAGAGGUCACGGCGGCACCGAGGGGUCAGAGGUCAGCAGGGGGCGGGGGAGGUCCCGGGGGGGGCAGCGCCUCAAAUGUAUCAAACCUGUGAGAGCCCCUCCCCUCAGCACUGACCGCCAUGGGCAUCACCCUCAGCCAUCCACCGAGUACCUACCGUCACACCCUGUAUAUACACAGAGUACCUACCGUAACACCCUGUAUAUACACCGAGUACCUACCGUGACACCCUGUAUAUACACCGAGUACCUACCGUAACACCCUGUAUAUACACCGAGUACCUACCGUAACACCCUGUAUAUACACCGCGUACCUACCGUAACACCCUGUAUAUACACCGAGUACCUACCGUAACACCCUGUAUAUACACCGAGUACCUACCGUAACACCCUGUAUAUACACCGAGUACCUACCGUAACACCCUGUAUAUACACCGAGUACCUACCGUAACACCCUGUAUAUACACCGAGUACCUACCGUAACACCCUGUAUAUACACCGAGUACCUACCGUAACCCCCUGUAUAUACACCGAGUACCUACCGUAACCCCCUGUAUAUACACCGAGUACCUACCGUAACCCCCUGUAUAUACACCGAGUACCUACCGUAACACCCUGUAUAUACACCGUGUGUACCUACCGUAACACCCUGUAUAUACACCGUGUGUACCUACCGUAACACCCUGUAUAUACGAGUUUCUGGCAACACCCUGUAUAUACACGAGUACCUACCGUAACACCCUGUAUAUACACGAGUACCACCUACUACGUAACACCCUGUAUAUACACCGGUACCUACGUAACACCCUGUAUAUACACGAGUACUACCUACCGUAACACCCUGUAUAUACACAGUACCUACCGUAACACCCUGUAUAUACACCGAGUACCUACCGUAACACCCUGUAUAUACACCGAGUACCUACCGUAACACCCUGUAUAUACACCGAGUACCUACCGUAACCCCCUGUAUAUACACUGUGUGUACCUACCGUAACACCCUGUAUAUACACCGAGUACCUACCGUAACACCCUGUAUAUACACCGAGUACCUACCGUAACCCCCUGUAUAUACACCGAGUACCUACCGUAACACCCUGUAUAUACACCGAGUACCUACCGUAACACCCUGUAUAUACACCGAGUACCUACCGUAACACCCUGUAUAUACACCGAGUACCUACCGUAACACCCUGUAUAUACACCGAGUACCUACCGUAACCCCCUGUAUAUACACCGAGUACCUACCGUAACCCCCUGUAUAUACACCGAGUACCUACCGUAACCCCCUGUAUAUACACCGAGUACCUACCCUGUAUAUACACCGAGUACCUACCGUAACACCCUGUAUAUACCCUGUAUAUACACUGUGUACACCUACCGUAACACCCUGUAUAUACACUGUGUACACCUACCGUAACACCCUGUAUAUACUCUGUGUACACCUACCGUAACACCCUGUAUAUACUCUGUGUGUACUUACCGUAACACCCUGUAUAUACACUGUGUGUACUUACCGUAACACCCUGUAUAUACACUGUAUAUACACUGUGUGUACCUACCGUAACACCCUGUAUAUACACCCUGUAUAUACACUGUGUGUACCUACCGUAACAUCCUGUAUAUACACCGUGUGUACCUACCGUAACACCCUGUAUAUACACUGUGUACACCUACCGUAACACCCUGUAUAUACACCGUAACACCCUGUAUAUACACCGUGUGUACCUACCGUAACACCCUGUAUAUACACCGUGUGUACCUACCGUAACACCCUGUAUAUACACCGUGUGCACCUACCGUAACACCCUGUAUAUACACUGUGUGCACCUACCGUAAUACUCUGUAUAGACAAAGCGUACCUUCUGUAAUACCCUUAGCCAUACACCGAGUACUUACCGUAAUACCCUGUAUAUACACCAAGUACCUACCUUAAUAACCGGUAUAUGCUGUGUACCUACCGUAAUACCCUGUAUAUAUGCUGUGUACCUACCGUAAUACCCUGUAUAUAUGCUGUGUACCUACCGUAAUACCCUGUAUAUACACUGUGUACCUACCGUAAUACCCUGUAGAUACACUGUGUACCUGCCGUAAAAAACGGUAUAUACACUGUACCUAACGUAAGAACUGGUAAUUGAGGAUGUAUCAAAUGGAGGGCAAGCCAGUCAUCCACUCUCGUGAUAGGUCUUCUAUGUCUUUCGCUAAAGAGUCAAAUAAUUGUUAGAAGAACCUUUCCAUCUGGUUGUGCCGAGAUUUUGCCAUGAGGUCUAAUUGAGGAAGCAGGGAGGAGAGGGAGCACUCUGUUGUAUCUAAUGCAACUCUGCUGUGGAAAUCUGCCUGGGAGAUUAUUUUUGCCUGGGAGAUACACAGACAUUAGACUCUUUAGGUUCCUUUCUGCCCAAGUCAUUAUAGGAGAAAGAAUCUUUAUCAGACACUUACUCUUUCGUUCGCCCUUUUUGAUUUAGUUAGGCAACCACCAAUGAUCAGGUUUUUACUCAUUUUGUAUUGAUUAUUUUCAUGAUCCACUCAGAACUAUUUUAUGGCAGUGUUUUAGUGCCACUACUGAUUAUCGGUUGCCUUAUAACUGGUAUUAAUAUUCUCUACAUUUAAAGUUUUAAGUACCACAAUUUCUACACAAAUCUGCCAUUACCUGAACAUGUUUAUUAACAAAAAAUUUAGACAUCUUUCUUUUAUUGAGUGGUAAUGUAAAUAAACACAUUUUUAAAAAGUAUAUAUUUAUUCAUCACGUUGAUAGGAAAAUAAACAAUUGAACCACCUUUUUUUUUAUUUUUUUUUAUGAAAAAUAAAUAUUGGGCAACAGGUAACAAUGCACAAAUUGCACAUGGAUUAAGACUUGGUAGAAUGAGGAAUGUUAUAUUCAUUUAAUAUCCAUGCAUAUUUCAUUGGUUUUUAAUCUAUGUGCAAUUUGUGCAUUGUUACUUAUGCCUGAUAUUAAACACGUGGUAUGGUAAUAAUACUUAAAUGUUAAUUGUGUAGUAACGUGGCUCUGCCUCAAAUGUGAUUGCUGGAGGUAAGAUGAACUAUUUAGAAACGGAAAGAGCUCGAAAAAUCUUCUGACAAAUGAUCUGCUGUUUUUGCAAGCUGGUUUAGAUAUAUCCCGAAUGAAACAAAUGCUUAAUUAAUUAAAUGCAUUGAUGUUUUCAUUUGGUGUAUAUCUAUUAAACAGUGAUCUUUGUUUUUUAAUUUAGGCAGUCGAGUGUCCCUGCUCAUAUCUCAAUGUCACUCAGAUGGGAAGGGUAAGCUUCCCUUAUCUCCCCAGCAUACUGAACCUGUUACGAAUACUGUCGUUACGUGGUAAUAAUUAAUUAUAUAUCAUUGGGGUGAGUGAUUUUCUUGCAUUUAAUAUUGAGCAGUAAUUAUUUAACACAAAUGUUUGUGUUAUUUUAAUCUGUAACAUGCCACCUAAUCCUUGAGGUAUUCAAUUGUUUGUGUAAUAAGCAAUUAUAAUUAAAAUCACAAAUAAACCUCUAAAUGUUUAAUUAAAUCACUCUCAAAUUCAUUAUUUGCUCCCUUAAUUCACCCCUGGCAGCAUAAACUCCCUGUUCUCCUGAUUUUUCUGGUGUUUUACAGGGAAUUCAAUGAUAAUGUUGUGAAUGUGCUGUUUCAAUGUAUGAAAGAGUAGAUAGUUUUUUUUUUUUUUUUUGGUAUGUUGUAGCCUGGGGGUUUUACCUUAUAGUAGUCCUUUUAUAUGCACACUACAGAUAGUUGUGUGCUGUAUAGAAUGUCUUCAUAAAAACCUGUUGGACCUUCAUAGGUCUCUGCAAGGGAGACGUAUCCUACUUUUAAUAUGCUAAUCUACUUACUGCUGAUUAUAGGUCUUUAAAUCUCUCACUAGGAAGGACAUCUCUUUUAAGUUUGAAUUCCAUAGCUUUAUUCAGAAAUAAUUCUCUCACCACACUAUAGUUUCUACCGGAUGUACAAUUAUUUAUAAAUGCAUUUUAAAUACAUAAAGGUACGAAACUGUUAGAAUAAUGUACAAUAAACUAUGAAAUAUGCAGAACUCUCUAACUUUGCAGCAGUAUGCGAUGUGCAAUACAUGUAGAGUUAACCAGUAUGUAUCUAUACAGAUACAUUUUUAUCUGUAUAUAUUUUAUGAUUGUGGAUUUUAAUAAUAUUUAUAAUUGAAUUAGAUGAAAAGAAUCUGGUUUUCCUCAGGAUUCUGUUGUCCAGUGUCAGUGUGAAGUCUUAGGGUAGUAGUACUGCUGUAAUAUUGUUUGUGUGGUCUAUCCUGAUUUUGAUGACUUCCUGUUAAUCUAAAUACACACUUUUUAGCUUUGGGAAUCACCAUGGAAACGGAGAGUGAGCAGAACUCAAGCUCCACGAAUGGUAGCUCUGCGUCAGGGGGCAGCACACGUCCUCAGAUUUCUCAGAUGUCCCUAUAUGAACGUCAAGCCGUGCAGGUAUGUUACUGUUUCAAGCUCUCUGUAUUUUUGCCAUGCUGUUUCCAUUGAUGAAGUAGUAUGUCCUGUGGCUUUAUGGAUGUGGGCUUGUCCAUCACAUGUAUGGACUGGACUGCAAGCUUUAGGUUGGGAUAUAUUGUUCCUUCUAUCAUUUAACACUUCCCAAAUGAACAGCAAAUAUGAGAUGGCUUGCGCUAGUAGUGAAGGGGUAUCAUGCAAGAUUCCCAUUCCAGCUACCUGGGUUUGAGUCCCGGCUAGCGCAUUGUAGUUAAUUGUGCUUUGCGUGGCAAUGCCAGUUUUUAUUCUUAAACUGCACAUGUGACUUACCUAUAACUUAGAAACAGUGAUUAUAUUGUGCUUUAAUUGAUUACAUUUAUGACGAGUUUUAUAACAUGUAUAGCUUGGAGGAAAGACGAGACAGGGAGGAUAUGAGAGAAACAUUUAAAGGGAAACUAUAGUCACACCUCCCUGCAUGUUGCUUACACAGCCUUUCUAAACACUUCCUGUAAAGAGUCAUCUAAUGUUUACAUUUCCUUUAUUGCAAAUUCUGUUUAAUUUAGAAUUACUUAUCUCCUGCUGUGUGGAUAGCUUGUCAGACCCUGCAGCAGCCUCCUGUGUGUGAUUUAAAGUUCAAUUUACAGACCAGAAGUUAAAAAAAAAAACAUUUAAAAUAAGUUACAUCUGAUUGAAAAUGCAACCAUUUUGUUUUAUUGCAGGCUGUGUUAGUCACAGCCAGGGGAGGUGUGGUUAUGGCUGCAUAACAGACACAAAAGUGGUAUAACUCCUAAAUGGAAGAGCAUUGAGCAGUAAAACAUCAGGGUCAUGAUCUAUACACUAAAACUGCUUCAUUAAGCUAAAGUUGUUUUGGUGCCUAUAGUGCCCCUUUAAAUACAUCAAGGGAAUCAACACAGUCAAGGAGGAGACUAUAUUUAAAAGAAGAAAAACUAUCACAACAAGAGGACAUAAUCUUAAAUUAGAGGGGCAAAGGUUUAAAAAUAAUAUCAGGAAGUAUUACUUUACUGAGAGGGUAGUGGAUGCAUGGAAUAGCCUUCCAGCUGAAGUGGUAGAGGUUAACACAGUGAAGGAGUUUAAACAUGCGUGGGAUAGGCACAAGGCUAUCCUAACUUUAAGAUAAGGCCAUGGACUAAUUAAAGUAUUUAGAAAUAUUGGGCAGACUAGAUGGGCCGAAUGGUUCUUAUCUUCCGUCAUAGUCUAUGUUUCUAUGGAAUUCUGAAUUUAAAAUGUAACAUUAUGGGUUGAAUUGCACACAAAACUGAAUUCUAUAGCUUAUAAUAUAAUGUGUCAAUAACACUUUCUAAUAAGCACCUGUACUUAAAGUAACACUGUAUAGUAAUACCAGGCUUCAAAGAAUCCUUCUUGUGUACAUUGCUGUAGAGUGGAAAGAUGGAUAGGUCUGCCAUAUACAAUCCCUAUGCAGAGAUAGAGAGCACAAACUGAAGCCCUGGCAGAUACAAUAAUUUUUUGUUUUGGUUUAAACAAUCUGGAAGCAUAGGUAAAUGAGGCUUUAUUGACUACAUUUUUAUCCUUUGCACCAUAGCUCUUCAGCCAGUGUAUAAGAACUAAUGUAGUUCAAUAGCGUCUUGUGUAGUGUGUGUUCUCAGAGGUAUCUUUCGCUUUUUAGGCUUUGCAGGCUCUGCAUCGACAGCCGAACGCAGCACAGUAUUUUCACCAGCUGAUGCUACAGCAACAGCUCAGUAAUGCACAACUGCACAGUCUGGCAGCCGUUCAGCAGGUAAGUAAAAAUACUGUAACUCAAUGUCAGCCUGAGCUCCGUGUUGUCUGUUGUUCUUCCCUUAUGUGGAUGUCAGUGAGUGCUGUGCUGUCAAUGAUUCCUAGCGUAAUGUUUAGGUAAUAUGGUAGAAACUCAGGGUGAGUGGUAAUGAGUGCUGUGCUGUCAAUGAUUCCUAGCGUAAUGUUUAGGUAAUAUGGUAGAAACUCAGGGUGAGUGGUAAUGAGUGCUGAGCUGUUAGAUUAUCCUUGAAUGUGUGGUUAACCUGUGCAGUGGAUGUUAAUGAGCGUGGUGCUUGUUAUUCUUCCACAAAAGUAUGGUUGUCCUUUAUAGUGGGAUGCAAUGAGCACUGCACUGUCUUUACUUCUUUCAAGGACACAUGAAUUUAAAUAUAAUAUAAAAUAAUUUUAUUAUAAUUUAGCUUGCUCGUCUGUUGAUUCCCUUUGAAUUUUUAUUUUACAUUUACUUUUUGAACUAAUUGUAAAAAUGUUCACAUCACCACUGCAAUGCUUUAAUCCAACGUACAGCACAGGAGAAUAUGUUGGCCUUUUUAAAUAAGAAUACAAAUAUAUGCCAUGAUAUUGGUGUGUUGAAAAAUGUACUUUAUUUUUGGUGGCAUCAAAGGUGAAGAAUGUUUAUGUUGCUCUCUAAUGGUUGAUUCAAAACAUAUACAUGAGGGAAUAGGGACUUUUUUGAUCAUGCAUUUGGUAGAUGCCCAACCCUCUUUUCACAAUAGAUACUUAUUGCACCAAGGUGUGAAAGCACAAGACUAUCAGUGGAAGAUCCCUUGGGCUAUUCCAUCCUCCCUUUUUGUACUCAUGUACUUGCUUGAGAGUGCUAUAGUGAGCAAGGCUCAUGAAACAUGAAGUCACCAGAAGUUGAAGAAGUUUGGCUGCAUUGAUGAAGAAAUUACAAGGAGAUAUGUCACUUUAAGGCCCUACACGUGACAGUGCUGCUUUCCUGCACAUCUAAAUAAUGCAGGGAUAUUCGAAUAUCCUUUCCCUUUUAAUAUUCAGAAUGGAGAAAAGAGGACUAUUAACAUGAAAAUGAAUUUCUCCAGUGAUUGCCAUAGCAUUCUAAUCUGUGUUUUAGGGUAGCUAUUACUUAAUCUCUAUGAAGAGCCUAUGCAGCGUAAUCUGUCUGAUGUCACCACAGGGUUUUUUUUUUUUGUGUGUGCCAGUCUAAUCUUUGUGUCAAUGCAUCUGUAGCUGUGUUCAGGCUCUUUGAUGGGGAAUAUUUUCACAACGGAAAUUUAAGACAAUGUUUGUCUGUUUGAUGAGUAAUAACUGCAUUACCUGCUCUCUGUUAGGCUACCAUUGCCGCUAGUCGCCAGGCUGCCUCACCCAAUGCAGGAUCCACUCAGCAGACCAACACAACCCAGGGAUCGGUAAGUGGCAGUAUGGCACACUACUUUAUGGGUAAUCACAUGUGUCACAGUGAAUACAGCUGGGGCAUAACUGCAACACUGCACCAGGUUAAAUGAUUUGUAAUGCUCUUCUGUCAUGAAUGCAUGUAGAAUCUUUCAGGGUAACAGAGUACCCUUUUUGUACUUUGCUACCUCAGUCUAUCUUUUCCUAAAUGCUUCUGCAUGCUAUUACUUUGUAUUCGAGCUAUGUCUUUCCAGUGAGAAUUUAAGGUUAUAUGUAAGCCUCUCAUAGUUUGGGAGAGCACGUGUUUUGUUCUUUUAACAAGAUGGUUAUAUUUUGAUUUCUCUUUUGAACUGUUUUUUUAUGCUAUUGUGAGGUAAGAGCAGCUCUUGUGAAUGGUAUAAAGUGAUUGCACUUAUUGAUGUCCUCCACAGCAGGUGAACCUUUCCACGAGUUCUUCGGCCCAGCUCCUUAGCCGUACUCAGAAUGUCACAGCACCCAGUGCAACAACCCUCACCCAAUCUGUUCUUCUCAGCAAUGCCAGCUCGCCUCCGCUUAGCCAGUCACAGACACAAAUGUACCUGCGGGUGAGUGACAAACUCAUUCUUUUCCAUUGUAAGAGAUCACCUGUUUCCAAUAAGUUAGAGAAAUAAUAACUCGUUUCAGUUUGCAGUCGUUACUGAUUGCAAACUAAAAUGUCAUCUAUAACCCUACAACUCCCCAGGUGUUUAGGUGAUCUAGGAUUAUAACUGUCUCUUCAGUAUGUGAUCAUUACCAAUCGCAUACGGAAAUGGUGGUUAAAGAUGUUGUGAGUCUGUUGAGGUUUUUUCUGUGAGAAUCAUGUACUUUGCACUGAUUGGUCAUUGGUAAACAUCCUGAAAUUGAAAUCUUUGGCUUGCUCAGGAAACACAACUGAUCCAAAGACCAAAGUUAAUAAAAAGCAAGUUUUUUCUUAAAAUGUGUUAUUUAAAAAAAAUGUCUGUUAAAAGCUUUAUUGCCACAGUGUUUCUGAUGUUACCAAAGUAUAACCGAAAUGUAACUAUCAAGUACUUAAGACAUAACCCGCUCCAACUCCUUACCAUUCAGAGUAUUUAAAAGGUUACUCGAAGCACCUUAACCUCUUCAGUGAUUUGAAGUGGUCAUGGUGCUUGGAGUCUGUGCAGAGUAAUGACACACAAACAGAGUUAAAGAACUUUGCUGCCAGUGUAACUCCACCUCCGCCAGCGUCAUUAGCUUGCCUUGAAAAAGACUUCCAGGCUGUCUAAUAUUAAUUCUGUGCAUAAUGGAUGUGUCGUCAGUACGCAUACCAUGCUGGUGACAGACAACCCAUGGUUGGCACAGCCCCCCACCGUGCCUCCCAAGUCCUCCCUGUCACGGCUUACCUUGGAUGGAGUCCGAAGUGCAGAGAUGUAUGCUCACCCUUGCAGAUAAACACAGCCCACGGUAACCAGGUAAGAAGUUACCUGGGCUGUGAAUCUUUGCACAGCAGCUUAGGCAGGAACAGUAACAGGAUACGACGGAACAGACAAGGGCAAAUCCAGAAGAGAAGUCAGGCAUGGUAUCAAAAAGGUCAGGGCAGGCGGCAAGCAAGCAAUAACAUAGAUUUCACAAGCAGGGGUCACAAGCCAAGUCAGUCUUAGGCAACAUGAAACAACGAUCUGACUCUGCCCUCAGGGAGAGGCAUUGUUAUAUACCUGGGUUAAUGAUCCAUCUGCCUCAGGUGGACUUAGAUUGACAGGUAGGAGCCACUGGUGAAGUCCAGCCCCUAGUGCUGCAGGCAAUGCCAGAUAAACAAGGCUAGAUCCCUAAGUUCCAAAGUGGCUCAGAAGCAGGAAUGCAGGACUAGGAUGCAAAAGGGCCUGGAUCAAAUCCCCUGUUUUUCACCUCUGGGGUGACCACACCUGGCUGUCUGGAUAGCACGGGGAGAACCGUGACACUCUGUCUGCCUGUGCAUCAGGGUGUCACGCCCCCUCACCAGAGGUGGACUGGGCUGCAAGGAGAAGUAAGUUCAUUCUUUCCUCCUUUCUGUAUCUCCAGUAUUGGACCAUGCCAGUAAGGCUUACUACAACCAAAAAUAAAAAUAUUGUUUUUGGUUGGAGUAAUAGAAGCGAACAUAAAACUCUUAACGGCUAAUUCUUAAUUGUUGAACAAAUCUUUGCUUUAGUGAAAGUUAGUGAAAUGAUUAGAAAACAUUGACUCUUUGAAAUUGAUUAUAUUCAUUAAAAUACCAUCAAUGUAAAAUUGCGAUUUUUAUUGUUACUUAUCAAAUUGACACCCUGUCCCUGUGUGGAACAGUUCUGGUUAAAGAACAUGCACUGUUACCCAGAAUGGAUCUUUAUACGUCAGGACUGUUUUUUCUGCCAUUUGUAACCAUCAAAUAUUAGGUAGUUUUGCACAUCCAUCGAUUGUAGCAAUUCUUUGAUAUUAUCUCUUUUUUCCAAGCAGCAGCCUCAGCUAGGCAAUCUCUUCCCUGUAAAUCGUUCUCUUGGCCGUGGCGUUCCUCUAAACUCCCAGCUAAUUCUGAUGCCCAAUGGCUCCGUAGCCACUGUUCAGCAAGAGAUGACAUCUCCCCAGACCCAAAACAUGCAUCAGGAUUCUGAUCAGGCAAGUUGUGUCUCCACUAUAUUUUACAAUGAAAGGCUGGCCCCAAGUUUCUAUAGCUUUCAGUACGUUCUUGACUUUCCUUUCGCUUGGUUUUGUAUGCACAGAUGCUUCACGGCCAGACAAUAUUACUGCUUAUGGUAGUGGUUAUGAUUCAAGGAAACUACAGUUGACAGUCCCUUUGUUUUUUGUAAUGUUGUUUUCAGUUUGUUUAAAAAAAAAAAAUAAAUUCCCCUGCAUCCUAAACCUACUCCUCUGACUCUAUUUCCAUAAUUAUAAAAUUACACAGACAAAAUGUAUGUACAAUAUGUGCAAGCAUUGUGAGCCCCCACAGUACAGUGAGAGGCUGUGAGCACUAGGAAUAUAGGACAGUUUGACUGUGUCUCAUCGCCACAGUCCGGUGAGGCUGAAUCACUUUUAACCCUUUUAGGAGCAUUGAAUUGACACGUGGCUGAAUCCACCUAUUCUUAAGCAAUCUCCUCUAUAGAUGGUGUUAGUAUUGUGACAUUUUGUCUCAUCUUGUCUGAUAUUGGGCACUGCAAUAAUUUCUUUCUUAUUGUUCAUGUCUGGAAGAUGGUCAUGGUACUGUUAAUCUUCAUUGACAAAUAGUUUCAAUCUCUUCCUCUGUAGGUUCAGAACCUGGCCGUGCGAGGUCAGCAGACAGCUCCACCCACUUCUACAGCUGCAGGACCCCUCAUGUCCCAACAGGCACCACUGCCUACCAAAGCUGCAGUCCACCCAGCCCCCUCCUCCUCAGCUCCUCCCCAGCUGCCUUCCCCGCCAGUACCACAGACCGUGAAGAGCCCCAUGGGACCCUCUGGAGGAACAGUGAGUCAGGGGAGCCAGACUGAGACGGAGGGGAGAAAGACAGAAGGAGAGAGUGUCCAGCAAAGCGUUGGCAUUAACCUAACCAGAGCUGCAACACCAGCUCCUAAUCAGACCUUAAUUAGCUCUGGUGAGUCUGCAAUCUCAACAUUGUACAACUGACCUUGAAUUCUAGGUUCUUACGGGGACCAUACUUAGCAGGCUUUUUCCAUGAUGUUUACCAGUCGCAUUCAAUGUACAAUUCUUUCACUUGGUACACUGAAAAUUGACUUAUUGGCUAUUGUUACACAGAAAAAAGAUGUCCGUUUUUUUAGGUCCCUUUUUCAUCUCAUUAAUGUUAGUGUCAUUUGUCCUGAAUCACUUUCACUAAAAAUAAUUAAAGGGACACUAUAGGCAUCAAAACUUUGCUUAUACACCAAAGCUUAUUGGUGUAUAGACCAUUCCCCUCCAGUGUUACUGCUCAAUUCUCUGCCAUUUAGGAGUUAAAUCACAUUUGUUUCUGUUUAUGUAGUCCAGGCCAUACUUAUUCUGGCUGUGACUCACACAGCCUGCAUGAAAAAUGUUUUGAUUUUCAGUCACAUGUUAAUUUGCUUUAGAAGUUUUUUAUGCCUUUCUCUGUAAUUAAAUGUUAAAGGAACACCAAUGUAUUCCUGACCCUAUACUGUUAAAGCCACCAUUUAGUUGGCUGUCCAUCCCCCCCAACCUCCUUAAAAGGAAUUAAAACUCAACCUAUUUCCAGCGCCACGCCCUGAUCUGCCUCCUUGAUGACACCAUCAGAAUUGCCGAUUUUUAGCCAAUCCAAGGAAAAGCAUUGAAUUGGCUAAAAUCAACAAGGAGGCUGGAUAGGGACAGGGCCAAACACAGUUUUAUCCAAACAGCACUUCUACAUAGAGAUGCAUUGAAUCAGUGCAUCUGUAUAAGGAAAAUUCAGUGUCCCCAUGCAGAGCGUGGAGACUCUGAAAAGGCAGUGUUUGCAUGAAAAUGCCUGAAGGCAAUGAUUAUACUCACCAGAACAACUACAUUAAGCUGUAGUUGUUGUGGUGACUAUAGUGUCCCUUUAUUCAAACACAGAAGUCUCCUGCAGGGUUUAGGACAGGCUUCUCUUAACUCCAACCCUCCAGAUGUUGCUGAACUAUAACUCCCAUGAUUCUCAGCCUAUCUCUUUUAUUCAUAGAAUCACAAGAGUUGUAGUCCAACAACAUCUGGAGGGCCAGAGUUUGGGGAAGCCUGGUCUAGGAGGUUAUUAAUAGAACAGGAGAUAACACAUCCUAAAUUAAACAUAAUGUGGAAAAGGGUAGGUUUCAACACUAGAUAUCUCUUUACAGGAAAUGUUUAGGAAAGCUGUGUACAUCACAUGAACGGAGGGGUGACUAGAGCUGCAUAAACAAAGUGAUUUCACUUCUAAAUAGCAGAGAAUUGAGCAGUGAGACUGAAGGGCCAUGUUCUAUACAACAAAACAACUCUAUAAAUCUAAAGUUGCCUUUGGUGCUUUUUAAGUAUCAUUUUGGUGUCCAUUUAAGUAUGUUACCAGGACAGGUACAUUGAGAUGUUAACUUUUUUUUUUUUUUUUUAAUUUUUUUUUAAAGAAUGUUUUGGGUUAUAAAUAUUAUUUCACUUGUCUCUCUCACAUCUCAAUUUAAUAUGUUUUUAUUUUUUAUAGAUCUGUGUUUAAUGGGACAUUAAAGGCACUAUAACCAUUUAAAAGGACACUAUAGUCACCAGAACAGCUACAACUUAAUAUAGUUGUUCUGAUGCGUAUCGUUAGUCCUUACAGGCAUUCUCAUAUAAACACUGCCUUUUAAGAGAAAGGGCAGUGUUUACAUUGCUGCCUAGGAACACCUCCAGUGGCAGUCACUCACACAGCCACUAGAGGUGCUUCCUGGGUCAGUGCUGCACCUCUAUGGAGAUGCUGAACAUUCCUCAUAGAGAUGCAUUGGAUUGACUGAGAUAGUUGAUUCUUAUGAUCUUUGCCAAGUAGGCGGUUCAGGGACAUAGCCAGCGGUCAAGGAGAGACCGGCCAUCUAAAUAGUGUAUUUAACACUUUAGUGUCAGUAAUACCUGGUAUCUGUAUUCCUGACCCGAUAUUGUUCCCUUACUUUCAUUGAUGUAGUUAUAGUGCUUGAAGUCCUGUAGCGUUAUCCCUCAAUUCAGUAGUAAACUAUUUUUUAACACUUAUUUUGUUAUUAUUUUGGCCACCUACAUUCCGGCCCUCAGUGCAUGUAUAGCUAAGGCAGAGAUUACAUUCUUCAUAACCAACCAAAUCAGAGAGUGGUCCGCUGAUACUCUCUGCCAAUCCCCGCCACCCAUUCCUGCUCAAUCUAAUACUUCCUCAUUAGCCAGAGCAGUGCAGAAGGGAUAGGCUGCCGGCUGCCAACGACUCUCCUUUAGCGAUAAAUCAUUCAAAAAUGUAAUUCUUAGAUUGUUAAGUAGAGUACAUUUAGGUAUCUCACUUCACAUACUAACAAAUCUUAUAUUUUGCUUUAUAGUUAGUUUUUUAUCUCUCUUGCUCCCUGGUUUCGCAGUGGGUGUAAAACUGUUACUGUCCCAUCUAGAUGGCAUUGCUGUAUUAUGCCUUUGUUAAAGGUUUCUCUCUUUUUUUUUUUCUUUCGUUUCUCAAUCGUGGAUACACUUGUAUAUUUUUCACUAAGCUCCUUGUUUUCUCCGCUGCAGCUACUUACACUCAUAUCCAGCCUCACUCAGUCCUGCAGCAGAAACAGGUGGUUUUCCAGCAGCAGAUUGCAAUCCAUCAGCACCGCCAGUCCCAGCUUGUCCACGCCUCCACCCACCUGCAGCUGGCACAGCCACAAGCUUCCACACAGCAGAAUCUUCAGACGCCCCCAGCCCAGCAGACAUUGGUUGUACAGCCCAUGUUGCAGACGACCCCUGAGGCCACUCUGCCAACCAAAGCUCCUGUACCCAUCCAGCCAAAGCAGCCUGGCAAAAGCAUCCCCCCUCUGAAUCUUCAAGGGCAUCUUGGGACAAAACCUUCCCAGGCUAGUAGAGCGCUCCCCACACCUCCAUCCAGCCAGCCUCACAUCCCUGUGCAGUUGGUGGGGGCCAGGCAGCAAGGCCCUGCUCAAGCUUUGGCACUGGGUGCUCUGCAGGUUCCAUCCCAAGGUUCUUCCCUCACACAGAUGACUUCACCCCCAUCCCCUGCUCCUGUACCUACUGCUGUGACUGGCACAGUGCAGGAAUCGCAAGCUGGAUUUUUUGGAGUGCUGCAGGUGAGCAGAAGGGAGAAGGCAAAGUUAUUUUGCUGUGUUUACUGUGUUUCAUACCAGGCUAACACCCGUGUCUGUGGCCCUUCAGGGUAAGAUACCUGGAGCUGGAAAGAGGAAGGCUGAAUCUGAAGAAGACAGGGAAGAAUCCCCUACGCUGCCUGUUAAAACUUCUCCCCCUGCUGAUACGCCCCCCAAUGUGGAGGAAAGUAGCACCCCAGCUGGUAAGCAAUGUGUGGUAAAGUUUGCCAUUAUAUUGUUUGCAGAUAAAGUAAUCUUUGCUUUUCUGUAUUGUAUCAAUGGUAUUCGACAUUAUUUAGGUUAUUUAUAACCUUGAUUGUCCUUUAUUCUCCAUCACAACCUCAUGUAAUGGAAUAUAAUUUUCUUCAGCAGAUAAAUCAGAAGCUGCCUCCCAAGCCCCUCCUGUUCUUUCAGUAUCCACUGCCCCUUGUGUUCCUACUCUUUCGGUCACUUCUCGCCAGCACAGUGACUCAAAGCCCCCUCAAGCCAUUGUCAAGCCACAGAUCCUAACUCAUAUCAUUGAAGGUUUCGUUAUCCAGGAAGGUGCUGAACCAUUUCCUGUGAGUACGACGUUUGUAGAGUAUUCCACUAGCUCCGCUUAUAGUAGCUGAAUAACUUGUAUGUUUCCCUUCAGGUGGGUAGCCCUCAACUGCUAAAGGACCCGGAGAAGCUGCCAGCUGUUGGAACUCUUUUACCAGCAGCGGAAAGUUCACUUCCAACCCCUGCAGAAGACACAGCUGUUAGUGGUAUGCGUUAUGCUAUCAGUGCUCUUAGCUACAUUCAUCUGUAUAUCAGUUUGUUUAUGUAUCACUGUUAGCUGACUUCUGACUGGUUGAUCGAUCAGUUUCUAAUAGAUCACAUUUUUCCACUGUCCUUUUUAGUGUUGCCAGUCACUCCAUGUCUGAUAUUUCUGUGUCUUUCCAAAUCUUUCUCCAUUGUAUGUUUGGCGAUAUGUUCCCUGUCAUCUAUUCCCUUAUUGUACUGUGCAUCCUUCAUUUGUUAGAUUCUGGGAGUGCUAAGCUCCUGAAAUGCGAGUAUUGUGGGAAGUUUGCCCCAGCUGACCAGUUUCGUGGAUCCAAGAGGUUCUGUUCAAUGACUUGUGCCAAGAGGUAAUUCUCUGAAAAUGCAGAUUCACUUUUGGGUAAAUUAUGUUUGUAGCAUGUUUGAAUUAUGGACCGUUUUUGGUUUGUUUGUUUAUUUAUUUACACAUUCUUCAGUUGUCUGCUACAUGUUCUUAUGUUUUACAGGCAAAUUGACAAUGGAAUUUCUAGCUUCACAGCUUGCAUUUAUUUAUUUAUUUAUUACGCUUAAUAUAUAUUUUUUGAUAUAUUUAAAUAUGUCCAGUAAACAAUAAAUAAUUCUAUAGUGUGAUUGUUUGAAGAAGUGAAUUCAGGGAUAUCUUAAAACAUGGUAUAUGUGGAUUUCUCCCUCUCAGAUAUAAUGUCAGCUGCAGCCACCAGUUUCGGCUAAAGCGGAAGAAGCUGAAGGAGCUUCAGGAAGCCGGGGCCGUGAGAGCACGUAGACCGAGGAGGAAUAGCUCAGAGAUCGCACGUGCCAAGAUCCAAGGGAAGAGGAUGCGGGUAAGGACUGGUCUCCUAUUUGUUUUGGUAUGCCUUUGCUCUUUGUUAGGGUAUUUUAACUGCUAAGUUAUAUUAUAGAAUUCAUUGCAAACCCAUCUAAGUGUAUGUCUGCUUUGGUGUCUCUCUUACAGGAAGACUCAAGCCGGGGAUCCGAUAAUUCCAGUUAUGAUGAGGCAUUCUCACCUGCAACAGUCGCUCCACCCUCUUGUAGAUCAUCACAUGGAGAGCGAGAAGGAAGCAUUCCCACCAGCGGACCUUCGAAUUCUGACCUCCUGGGGAUAAACCCAAUGUUCCUGUCUAGUAACCCAAGCCGCUGGAGUGUGGAGGAGGUGUACGAGUUCAUAUCUUCUCUGCAAGGUAUGACUGAAUAUUCAACUUAUUUGGAACCAUUUCCUCAUCCUCUCUUUCUCUGCUCCUGUGUAGCUGUUAAUGCCGGCAGCGGCUAAAGGGCUUCUUUAAGCUUACUCCUAUAUUACAAUUAGCUCCCGCUUACUUUAGCCCAUUGUAACAUUCAGUUUGUAAUCCCCCUUUUAAAUGUAUUAUUUAGAUAUUAUAUUUGUAACAUCACAUUACAAAUUUCACAGCUUCCUCUGGUGAGCUCUGCUGAAGUACCUGUUAGCCUAUCCUAGCUUUCCAUUGUUUUCAGAAGGAGUAAUGAGCACAUGCCAUAAGCAUAUAAACUCCAUAGUAGUUCAAUGAAAAAAAAAACUUUAAUGAAAUGGCUUCAUUAACUCCAUGGUAAGAAGGCCACAAUUUGAGUCUCUUUUAAUUAUGGUGUAUUGUAACUGCAGCUACAAGGGUAAGGAUAUAUGUGCUGCUAUCCGCUUAUUCAUUUAAAAAUCGUUCUGCUCAUCAUAUCAGAUGAACAGCUACAGGCCUGAACGAGUUGACUACUAAACCCUUGAAAGUCAAGUUUUUAUGGCAUAAGAUCAGACCACAAACUUGAAAGAGUCCUGAUUGGUGAGGCCAAAUGGGGAUCAAUAAUUUUUCAAUUAAAAAGUGUUCUGCUAUUAUACAGCAGUUCCAUUUCAUAUUGCUCAUUUUAAUCAUGUGCAGCCAAGUAUCACUGACCCUAAGAAGUGUUGGCUUAAAGGACCACUAUAGGCACCCAGACCACUUCAUCUCAAUUAAGUGGUCUGGGUGUCAGGUCCCCCCCUAGUUUUAACCCUGCAGCUGUAAACAUAGCACUUGCAGAGAAACCGCUAUAUUUACAUUGAGGGUUAAUCUAGCCUCUAGUGGGUGUCUCCCUGAAAAUCGCAUUGAGGACACGCUGGACCUCAAUAGGAAAGCAUUGAGUAAUGCUUUCCUAUGGGCGGGUUGAAUGCGCGCAUGCACGGACAGAUGCGCAUUCGGAGAUGACGUCGGCAGGGGAAGGAGAGGUCACCAGCUCCAAGGGAUUAAAGUAAGUGGGUGAAGGGGUUUUAACUCCUUCAGCCCAGCGGGAGGGGGGCACCUAAUAACCCUAUAGUGCCAGGAAAACGGGAUUGUUUCCCUGGCACUAUAGUGCUCCUUUAACCUUUAUGUAUUGUUUUGCAUUUUUUUUGCACCCAGUUUGGAAAAUAAUAAGACAAUCUUUCUUUUUUUCCCCAUUUAUAUGUUGUGCAGGCUGCCAAGAGUUGGCAGAGGAUUUCCGCUCCCAGGAAAUUGAUGGGCAGGCUUUGUUGUUGCUGAAAGAGGAACAUCUCAUGACGGCUCUAAACAUUAAACUGGGACCUGCAUUGAAAAUCUGCGCCAAGAUCAACCUGCUCAAGGAAACUUAACUCAGCUUUUUACAUUGCUGUCCACAUGUGGAUUGGAAAACAAGCAGCAGGUGGCUUUGAGCAACAGCGGUCAAUGAUUUUACUAGGAGUACAGACUGAACACACCUCAGCCAGUUUUAAGGAGAGAAGGAUCUACAGCUUAUUGCAGCAUUCAUAACCUCUCCAUGACUGCCUCAACACUCCUGAACUCGUUCAUCUUUUAUCAUCUCCUCCUUGUUACUCUCUAAAUAUAUAUCUAUCUUCUGUAUGUCUGUAUCUGUUCGUCAAUGCUUAUCUGCAGACAGGUUUGAUAUAUUUAUAAAGAAUAUGAUGGUGAUCCUAAAGGACUCUCAGUUCAAAGGAUGAUAUUCAUGCACAAGGCUGAGGAAACAUUUGAAAAAGAAAAAAAAGUAAUUGGCAUUUGUGCAUUAAUAUCCUCCCAAGUGACAUUUUGUGUCAAUGUGUGCUCUUUGUAGAUGUGGAUGGCACUUGGAGGUCUUAGGCUAUUCACACAUGGACAUGUUUUCCAAAGCCUUUCAUAUUCCAUUAAGGUACCAGGUGUGCCUUAUCGAGAGGCUAAUGCCAGAAAAAUUAAGACAGGUGCCUCAUUUUAUACAGGCUUGUGUGCAGUUUCUAAAAACAAAACAAAAAGGUCUUUAAACCCGAUUCAUCUAACGUUGAAGGCACUUUAUUGGGAGCUGUGCCUGUAUGGAACAAAGUAACUCCCUUGCUUAAGAUCAGGAACACAGAUUGAGAGGUGGUUCUUGUUAAAUUUGCUUUUCUGGAUGCAAAGGAUUGUCCACGCUCUGCUUCUUUUGGACAAAAGCUGGUGAGCCCGUAUUGGAGUAAGUUUAAGCUAUGAGUUUGCAUAUUGGGUGAAAUAAGACAGGCCUACUCUUGGUGUGGGACAAGGUCUGUUCUACUAUGGAUUUACACCUAUUGGAGUUAGAAAACCUACACCCAAAAGUCAAUUGAUAAUACUGUAAAUAAAUUGGCACAUUUUAUCUAUUCACGGGACUGUUUCACACUGUGAGCAAAUGCUCUGAUAUGUGUUGUUUAUGGAGCAGUUCCAGAAAAGGUUCCACAAUAACAUUUGCAGUUCUAUAUGAAAGUAAACACUUAAUUGGUACUAAAUAAUUAAUUACAAUUAGUGCUAUUUCCUCUGCCUGUGAGAAUUAAUCUUUUCACUCUGCAGUAUAAUUGUAC